AUGGAAUCUCUUACACAAGUGACUUUUAGUAUGUGUGACAGACUGGAGAGUUACAAUUGUCCAAAUAGCGUUGAGAGGUUGGAGAUCAGUUUUUGUAAUUCAAUGACAUUAUUAACCUUCUCAGCAGUGCAGGAGAACCCGUCGCCUCUCACUAAAUCAAUAGUCGGUGAUUGUGAUAAUGUACAGUUACAACCCAAAACGAUUCCAGCAAAAGACUUAAGUUUGUCUCGCCUAACAUUUCUUGCAAUCAGUUAUUGCAAGAAUCUAACGUCAUUUUCUCAUAAGCAUUUUCAAAGUCUCACAUCUUUGGAAGAACUGGAGAUACAUGAUUGUCCAAAUACGGACUCCUUCCCUUGUGGGGUGUGGCCUCCUAAUUUAAGAAAACUAAUGAUAGGAAUGUUAAAUAAGCCCAUGUCAGAGUGGGGCCCACAAAGUUUUCCUACCUCACUGGUUGAACUAUUCUUAUUUGGCAAAAAUUCAGGAGUGGUUUCAUUUGCAGUUGCAGACGAUCUGAGGAAUACUCCUUCAUCAUCAUCUUUUCUUCUUCCACCAUCUCUCGUUUCUCUAUCACUCGAUGGUUUUACUGAUGUGGAAUCAUUUUCAGAGGUCUUACAACACCUCCCCUGCCUUGAAAGACUUUAUAUCAUGUCAUGCCCUAAGAUUACAGAUCUUAAGGAAACUUCGGACCCAUCAAAUUUGACAAUAAGCGUGUUUUAG